CACAACAACAGCAACAGCAGCAACCUCCUUUGCCUGCACACAACAACAAUAAUAAUGCUCAACGCAAGCAUUUCGAAUUGGAUAUGACGCACAUAAACGCAUUAACACCACCCCAGAAAGCGCCACCUGCUCCACCUGUGGGUGGUGCUGGUGCAGCACAAACCCAUCAACAGCAGCAAUUUCAGUUACAGCCACAGCUGCAGCAGAACUCCGUACAGCCCCCCAUGAAGACGAAGAGCGGCAAUGCAUCGCGAAAGAACCGACAGCCACCAGCGCCUUUCGAGCUCAACUUAGCGACAACCAAUUUGGGAAAUUUAACAAUUGAACAACAACAGCAGUUUGAGCAAAUGCAACAACAAGAACAGCAGCAACAACCAGACGAGGUACGCUCCCAACCGCUGGGUGACGACGGUAGUGGCUCACUUGUAGCAAAUGCAGGAGAAGCAGACGUACAACAACAAAAUCGUUGUUUCAUGCGUCGUUGUUUUUUCAAGCCCGAAUUCCAAAAGAUUGGCAAUGAAAAUAAGUCGGGCGGUGUAGUGAGCGAUUUAUCACCAGUUAGCUAUAUGGAUUUGAGUGGAGUCGAGGGCGUUGAAACAAUGGCUGCCAAUGCUGUUUCAGGUGUCACUACUUUGGGCGAUAAUGAGAUGACUUCGAUUUUCCUUACCGGCAACACAGCCAGCGGUGGCCAAUCCCAACAAAUGCUAAACAUGCCAUCGGAUAAUAUGAUGAUUGAGUUAUUAGAUGCGAGUGCUGUCGCCGAUGCAGCUGCGGAGUUGCGUCAACAGCAGCAGGAUCAAACUAAAUCUAUGUUAAACACACAGCAAUACAGUAAUAGUGGUGUAGCAGCGGCCGCUUUGGAGGCAAUGUCUGCAGUAAAUAAUCUACAAAACAAUCGUAACUUCAACAAUAAAGGCAAUAACAAUAAUUUGAACCAAAAGAGUACUCAAAUUACAACACCAUCAGAAGUGUCGCAGAGCACAGCCAUUAGCGAUCGACCAAAAGCCAAACCGGUAUCGAAGAAGGACAACAAAAACUUCCGUAAAACAGUUUUUCCACAAUCGCCUGUACUGCAACAAAAUCAAAUGGUAUCCAUUUACAAUAAAUUGCCAUUAUUGCUCACUAACGAAAUCAAGCCGAGCCUGCAGACGAAGCAGGUUAUCAUGACGCAAAUGGCGUUUGCUGCGCAACAACAGCAGCAACAACUCUCAAGCAGCUUAGAUAUGAGUGGCAGCGGAGACACCUCGAUUGCACUUAACAACUCUCCGGCAUCGCCUUUGGCAUCACCUUCUAAUGCAGCUGGAACGUUUUUGCAACAACACAUACCAUCAAUAGGCGACGAUAAUCACCACCAACAACAACAGCAGCAGCAAGAGGUAACUUCCACCAUUUUGCAGGCUUUUCAAGCAAUGCAAUCCCGUAAUGUCGGUGACGAAGCAGCAGCAGCGGCGCUAGCAACCGUAUGUGGAAUGAGUGCCGCCGAGCAGCAAGAGUAUUUGAAGGAGCGCUACCAGUUGUACGAUAUGCCGCGCUUCUUCGACGAUCAACCCAAGUCACCAACGGAAACUCCGCCACCACCAUUGCCAGACAAACAACAGCAGCAAGAAAUCUACAGUGAAGAUGGCAUCGCAGUGCUGGACGAGGAAGUGGAAUUGGAUGGCGAACCAGACGCCGAAGGAGUUACAGAAAUGAAGAAUCUAGCUACGUUGGUCACUGCUGCAGCAGCUGCCGCACCCAACAUGUUACUCGAACAUGUUUCGAUGAGUAUUGAGGCGCCUAAUGGCGACGAAAAUGCAUUGCAACUCGAUGAAUAUGGCGAAGUGGAGGAAGAUGAUGAUGCAAACAUUGAGGCUGAUCAGUCCGCUGUGACGCUUGAUAUGCUGGAGGGUCACGGUUAUGAAGAAGGAGAAGCCGAUGGCGAGUGUGAAGGUGAACGAGAUGGCGAGGGCGAUGGUGAGGGUGAUGACAUUGAAGAGGUGCUCGAGGAUGAUGAUGAAGAAGAUGGCGAAGACGAAGAAUUAGACGGUGAUGUGGAGGGAAAUUGUGAAGAUGAUAUCGAUGUGAGCGCCAUGGUACAGGAUGAUGAGGCCAUCGCAAUGAGACAGCAUAUAAUUGGCUGUGCAGAAGAUGACGAAGACGAUGACGAAGAUGAUGAAGAGGACGAGGACGACGAUGACAUGGCAUUGAGCAAUGCGAAACGCGCAAAGAGCGCACAUCGUCAACCACAGGCUCUUGAGAAUUUGAUACUAUCGAAUGUCGCCUACAAAACUGAUGAAUUGUCGCAGGCUUUAUGUGAUUUCCGCCAAGACUUCCCAACCGAUUUGGUGCAUGUUUUUCCGCCUAUUGCAAAUUUCAAAACAGCAUCGGGAAGCGCAGCGUUCAGCACUUUGCAGCAAUGUACUGCAGCUGCUGCCGCCGCUGCGGCAGAUGUGGCAAAUGCCGCAGCCGCAGCAGCAGAUAUUGCCAAUGCCGUCAAGGUGGUGAGUCAUGAUGUUGAUGGAUCAACCGGUGUCAUUAGCGCUGCAGGCAUGUAUCCAGCGCUGGAAUCGUUCGACAAUUUUGCUGCGGAUAUACCAGGAGAUAUGGAUGAUAUAUUGCAGUUAUUCCAAAAUGAUCCAUCAUUGCAGGAGCUGCAUAAUUGUGCCGAACUGGGCGACCUGAAUUCGAUUUGCAAGAACCGCUUUAGCAGCAACUGGGUGCCGACGCCGAAGUGGACCAGCCAGGAUCACUUGAUGGCGACGCAUCAGCAAGCACUGCUCUCGGUCGAAGACCAACAGCAGCAGCAACAACGCCAGGCAACUAAUCAAAUGCUCCUCGAAUAUCAACAUGAGCUGCAAAUGGGGGAACAAAUGCAGCACCAACACCACCAGACAUUUUCGUUUUUGCCACUUCCGUCAGAUGAUGCAGCCGCAGCCGCUGCUGCGGCGCAACAUCAACAAAUGCAACAGCCACUGCCACAUCAAGGUGAUUUCCUACUACAGCAGCAUCAACAAAUGCAACAACACCAACAACUUAUACUCCAAGAGGAUGAGGAGGAGGUGAAGCACCGCCAGUUGCACAUGAUUCAGCAAUUGCAGCAGGACCGACAAUCAAGUGAGCGCUUGCGCAAAGCAUUGGCUGCCUGCGCCGCCCAGCAACACCAACAGCCACAACAAAAGCACCAGCAACAGCAACAACAGCAGCAGCAGCAGCAACACCAACAACAAGCAGUAGCCGCCGCUGCCAAUUAUGUCUUCAAUGUGGAGAGUGGUGACAAAUCGGCACAGUCGCUGCAGCUGCUAUUCCAGCUACCACCGUCGGUACAACAUCAGCACCAACAACAGCAACAACAAGAUGUGCACGAUGCUGCACAGCAACUACAACACUUGCAGCUGCAAGAGUUGCCGGAGAAUCAGAAGCAACAGCUAUUGCAUGAUUUCUCGCAGCAGGCUGAGAGUCUAAUGCAGCAGCAACAACAACAACAACAGCAGCAGCAGCAAGCUACAACGCUCGAUCAGGUGGCGCAAAGUAACCUUUUGUUGCAGCAGCAUGCGUUGCAUCAGCAGGUACUCAAACAGAAGCACCAUCUGCAACAGCAGCAAUUGCUUUUGCAACAGCAGCAACAGCAGCUGCAGCAGCAACAGCAACAGCAACAACAACAGGUUCAAGUUGCCACCCAAACGCAACCACCGGUCUCUGCUCCCUACAGCAGCGCGGCGACAGUUGCUGCACGCGGCUCCACACAAUUUCAUGCGACCAUCUCACCCCUAGCGUCAGAUGUUGGACUUGGUGUAUGUGCACUUUCAACGCAACAACAACAAAUGGCAGCCGCUGCUGCCGCUGCAGCACAACAACUACCAGCACCGCCUAUGAUAACAUCAUCGAAAAUAUCUGGUGGCAUUGCAAAGAAAGCCAUCGAUAAGCAGUCGCGUAAGGAGCGAAAUCGUUAUGCAGCGCUGCGUCAAACGCCAGCAGGCAGUCAAGCUAACACCACAAAUCAGCAACAAUACCAACAAACUGUUGCUACUACCACACUCGACAAGACUAUCGAUGUCGACUCGGAGACAGAUUCAAAUCACGACACCGCGCUUACAUUGGCUUGUGCCGGUGGCCACGAGGAACUCGUUCAACUCUUACUCAAUCGCAACGCAAACAUUGAGCAUCGAGACAAAAAAGGCUUUACACCCUUAAUACUAGCCGCAACGGCUGGCCAUGAGAAGGUCGUGGAGAUACUGCUAAAACAUGGCGCCGAACUGGAGGCACAAUCAGAACGAACCAAGGAUACGCCACUUUCGUUGGCUUGCUCUGGCGGCCGUUACGAAGUGGUGGAGCUUUUGCUAAAACACAACGCCAACAAAGAGCAUCGGAAUGUUUCCGACUAUACGCCACUCAGUUUGGCAGCCAGUGGUGGUUAUGUGAAUAUUAUAAAAUUACUAUUGAACCAUGGCGCAGAAAUUAACUCACGCACCGGUAGCAAAUUGGGUAUUUCGCCCUUAAUGUUGGCCGCCAUGAAUGGGCAUACAGCCGCCGUUAAGUUGCUACUCGACCAGGGUUCCGAUAUAAAUGCGCAAAUCGAAACGAACCGCAAUACCGCAUUAACGCUCGCAUGUUUCCAAGGUAGACACGAAGUGGUGAGUUUGUUGUUGGACCGCAAGGCAAAUGUUGAACACCGCGCUAAAACGGGCCUCACACCACUCAUGGAGGCAGCCUCCGGUGGAUACAUUGAUGUGGGACGUGUGCUGUUGGACAAGGGCGCCGAUGUGAACGCGGCUCCAGUACCGACAUCACGUGAUACAGCACUUACUAUUGCAGCUGAUAAGGGUCAUCUAAAGUUUGUGGAGUUGCUGCUGUCACGUGGAGCGGCCGUCGAAGUAAAGAAUAAAAAGGGCAAUUCACCACUCUGGCUAGCGGCACAUGGUGGCCACUUGAGUGUUGUUGAGAUAUUGUAUAACCAUCAUGCAGACAUUGAUUCGCAAGAUAAUCGUCGUGUGUCGUGUCUUAUGGCUGCUUUCCGCAAGGGCCACACCAAAGUGGUUAAAUGGAUGGUGCAGUAUGUGACACAAUUCCCUUCCGAUCAGGAGAUGAGUCGCUUCAUUAGCACCAUCAGUGAUAAGGAACUGUCGGAGAAAUGUUUUGAUUGUAUGAAGUUCAUACGCGCCGCUAAGGAGGCACAGGCCGUGAAAGCCAACCAAAACGCUUCCAUACUACUGAAAGAGCUUGAUAAUGAGCGAACGCGCGAAGAGAGUCGCAGAGCGGCUGCCGCGCGUCGUCGUGAGCGCAAGAAGAAGAAGAAGUUGGAAAAGAAGGAAGAAAAGCGCCGACAAAUGGAGGGAGGCAACGGCAGUCAAAUGUCGGGAUCAAACGCCGACGCCGACGAAAAGGACUCUGAUCAAGAUGAUGACAGUGAUCAUGAAGAGAAUGCGCUUGAGGAUGAGGACGAUACUCCAAACGCGCAGAACUACCGCGAAGAAGGUGACUCCGGUAUAGAUCAAGGCUCUUGUUCGAGCACAGAAAUAAAGACGGUUAUUGUGGGCAGCAGUGCUGCCAGCGUCAAUAGCAGUGCCCAACAACGUGAAGCCGAUAGAAAUGGAAAGACAAGCAAGAAUAAGAAAAAGCAAAAGAGUGCAUCACAACAGCUACAACAACGUAAUACCAGCAAUGAUAGCAACAGCGCACAGCAGGCUAAUGCGGCAGUAGCAGCAGCGACUGUCGUGGUCGAAGAGCUCCCAGCGCAGCCAAGUAGAAGCGCGGCCAAGCAGCCCGCUUCUGCCAGAAAGCAACAGGACAGAGAGCAAGAGCAGGCGCCAGUGAAAGGGAUUAACGUCGGUUCGAAGAAGAGCGCCGCAAAUACCGCCGAAACAAAUACGCAGGGCGCCGCAAAGUCUAGUGCCGCACCUGUAGCAACCAAAAAAACCGAUGCGCAGCAGAAUACCGUGCGCAAAGAUGAGGCGAACAAGAAACGCGACAGCACCAAGCAACGCGAGAAGGAAAACCUUGCACCGAAAGAGACACAGCCCAGCAACACACGCCAAUCGCAGCGGGAUCGUGAGCGUGACCGCGACCGCGAACGCGAACAACACCACAGCCAGCACGUCGCCAUAGAGAGAGCAAAAGUCGACAAAGACAAGUUGCACGAUUCAAAUAGCUAUGGAUCACAUAGCGCCGCUGGCGGGGGAGUUGGUACCGGCAACAGCAACCUAUCGACGCGAAAAUCACUAAUUUUCUCUGCCACACGCAACAUUGCCGGUGGCGCUGCUGCAGCAAGUGACGACAUCAAGGGCGGUAAGCACGACGACCACACCGCCGCACCGGGCGCAGUGCAACAUAAAUCCACUCCGCCAAAACGCGGCGAAGACGGCUGGAAGGAAGUGGUACGUAAGAGCUCCACUCAGCAAAGCAGUGCUGCUUCAUCCACUACAAGUGCCACGACCAAUUCUUCAACCACAACGGCAAGCGCAGCCAGCAUAGCAUCCGUCAGCGCCGCGGUUAGCGCCCCUGGUGCCACACCCACAACAGCACCUGCAGCUGCCACUGAAAUGACUUGCAAGAAGGUACAAGUGCCGGUCAAUGCUAUCUCGCGUGUGAUCGGCCGCGCAGGCAGCAACAUAAAUGCAAUACGCGCCACCACUGGCGCUCACAUUGAGGUGGAGAAGCAGGGCAAAAACCAGUCCGAGCGCAGCAUUACCAUUAAAGGACAAACUGAUGCCACGAAGCAGGCACACAUGCUUAUCCUGGCACUCAUCAAAGACCCAGACGUAGAUAUACUGCAGAUGCUGCCACGCAUCAACACCAGCAUAAAAGCAUCUUCGUUGCCGCUCAGCGUCGGUACUUGGGACAACAAGACCGCAACCGCAGCACAGUCAUCGGCAGCAUCUACGGCUUCUUCAACAUCUUCAUCGGCAUCAACAACUGGCGCACACGUAGGUAGCAAUACAGCUGGCGGCGGGGGCAGUUUACAGUCGGCCAAUAGUGGUGCCGGCAGCGGUGGUGUUGGAGGUGGUGCCCCCGGUGGGCCCAAGGGAGCCGGUGUCGGCAGCGGAGGAAAAGGUGGCAAAUCGCAGUCUAGCGGAGGUACCGGUAAAUCGAGUUCCGCGCGUUCACAGAAUGCCAAAUCAUCCUUCCACUCACAGCAACAGCAAGCGGGAAGUCGUGGCAGUCAGUCGCAGUCUUUAAUCGGCACGCAGAAGGCUAAAUCUCAAGAUAUAACGAGUGCAACGGGUGCAAACAAAUCUACAGGCUCAAGCCACGGCAGUAGCGGCGGUUCAGUUCAUGCUCAAAAGGGUAAUAUUGCCGCUAAGCAACAGCAGCACCCUAGCGGUGGCGAACGCAGCAGUAACACCGUUGUUAACACACAAACUUUCGCCGCCAAACUAAGCGGCACUGUCACCACAGGUGGCGCAGCAUCUGCGCACAUUUCACACAAUUCGCCGUCAAAGAAAGUUGGCGACGGCAACAAUGCCGGGCGCAUUGGCGCAAGUGCGCCCUAUGGCCGUGGUAAGCCCAUGCCCAGUAGCUCCAACUCUGUGCCUCAACUUGGAGCAGGUGCUGGUAAUAACAAUAAUGCGCUCUCUGGCCCCAUCGGAGUUUUCAAUCCAGCCGAGGUAGCCGCAGUGAACGCUGCAGCAGCCGCAGCAGCUGCCGCGGCCGCCGCUGCCACAGUUUCUGCUACAAACACGGUCGUAUCAAACGCAACCAGCAUAACUACGACAACAGCACCAACAAUGACCACAGGCACAACCAGCACAGCAACAACAACAUCGACAACUGUAUUCGCAGCUGCACCCGGCACGCGUGCCGUCACUCCAAUAGGACCGCCUAACAAGCGAAACGUUGGCUCACCGCUGCCAGCAGUAACGGCAACAUCGGCAUUGCAGUCGAAUCAACAGCCCACACAAAUGCAGCAGCAAGCCCAGAAACAGCCACAAGCUCAAUUGCAACAUGUAGCUGCGGCUGCGGCAUUACAAGCGCCAAUGGGUUCUGCACCGGAUAUGCAGCAGCAUCUUGUUAUCAAUUGUGCCGAGCCAACAGCAACGAGCGCUGAUAAUGCCAACCACGCGGGAAUGAACAACGCCACAGGUGGCGGCGGAGGUUUUGGAGCACAGCUCGCUUCUAAAAUUAGUAACGAAUAUACGCUCUUCUUCAACUACCAAUCUCAAUGGGGCGACAACAACGUCCAAAUGUACAAUUCACCAUCAGCGCUGGUCAGUGAGCCGCUGCCUAAAGCAGACGCAUCUAAGGCGCCAGGCUAUAAUCGCAAUAUUCUGAAUUCGCCAGUAGGCGGGAGUUCGAAAGCUUCCUCAAGCCACUCUACUUCACCGCCAGGUAGCAAUGUGAUGCCUGCGCCAAUAGGCAGUCACCAGCCACCUGUUGGCAGUACGGGCAAUGCAGCCCCACCUCCAUCGAGCCACAGCAUGCAUGCUACCAGUAUGUCAGGCGGUACUUCAACAACUGGCUCUUCUCCAGGUAUGAAUACUGCAACCACGGUGGCGUCAAGUGGCGAAAAUACCACAAUUACCACAACAAAUAUUGCCGAUCGAGUUGAUAUGGGUAUCAGUUUGGGCGGUGGCGCUAGUACCGCCGCUAAAGAUUUGCAGAUACCUUCUCAAGGCAACAGCGCGGAGGCGCACAUUUCUCCAGGAGUUAUCAAGCCGCCUGCGCCUAUUGGUCAACCGCCGUCAGCAAACACCUCAAUGGGAUCAAACAAUGCCGCUCCAUCAAAUAUACCCGCAAGUGGCUUGGCAAUACAACGCCCGCCACCAAAUAGUAACCAGCAGCAUAGAUCCAGCGGCAUCAAUGCCUCUCAUACACCACCUUCGGCUAAUGUCGGCACACUCGAUGGCAGCGCAGCUAGCACGCAACCACCUACUAUGAAUUUCGGCCCCAUCGGUCCCAAUCACUCGACGCGUAACAACAACAAUGGUCCACCCGGAGCCAUUGGGGAGCAACCAUUGAAUCGAUUCUUUGAACCCCUGGGUGUUAGUGGCAAUGCUGGCAUGGGGCAUCAUGUGAAAAUGCCGCCACCUUAUGGCAUGCAAAUGCAUGGCGGCGUGGGUGGUGCCGGUGGCAACGGCAGUCAUCCACUAUCACGUCUUAAUAUGCGCAACUCUUCUUUCGGCGGUCCGGGCGGCAAUAUAGGAUCGAUGCCGCAACCACCCAUCGGCCAGCCACCACAACAGCAACCCUUGUUGGGCAGUGGUAUAUUCCACCAACAGCACCAGCAAGCACCGCCUCCACAGACAAACCCAAAUUUCCCCACAGGCAAGUCAUUGGCGCCAGGUUCAAAUUUGGCGCCCGGUGCGCGUGCUCAGUCGCAGCCACAAAAUGGACCACAGGCGCCGAACUCCGCAGCGCAGCGUUGGUAUGGCGGCUAUAUGGACGUGUUGAAUUUGGAAAAUGGUGGACUUGGUGGUGCAGGUAACAAUUCUCCGGCUGCAAUGUCACCCAGCCAAGUAGCUGUUGGCGGCAAUCUGCUGCAACAGCAUGUCGCUGCACAACAGCAACAACAGGAGGAUAUGCGUAAAAUGCCUCGCCCCAUUGGUACUGAACGCGCUUCGUGGAAAUGCAACAAUUAUCCAAUGAAUCUGGGCGGCGGCGGGGGCAUGCCGGGUCCCGGCUUGGACGAGGGCAUGGGCUCUGGCAUGCAUGCAGGUGUUGCAGGUCUGAUGCACGGACCGUGGAUGAUGGACAAGCCACCACAAGCAGCACCGCCACAGCAACCGCAACAGCAUUCGAAUUGGAUGAAACAACAGUAUCGUUUUUACGGUGGCGGCGCGGCCGGUGGUGGGCUAGGCGGCAUGGGUGGACCGGCAGGCGGUCCCACCGACUAUCAUCAUCAAGAUCAAUUUCAUAUGCCGCUGGACUAUCACAACUCGAUGGCACCACCACACAAUCUGCAGCAGAAUACAGCCAUGAACCUAAUGCCACCCUAUGGGUAUCAGUACCUGGGUCAGGGCGCUGACAUGCCGCAUGUGAUGUCGGACAAACUCGAAAUGUGGGACCACGAUAAGCAGAUGUGGCACAAUUGGGCAAACUGAUGUUUUAAUGAGCAGCAGCAGCAGCUACCACUACACCAGCAGCAGAAGCAGCAACAACAAAAGCCAAUGCAGGAAGGUGUAAAAUUGUCAUCAAAAGUUUUAAAAUGAAUUUUGAAUAAAAGAGUUCGUAAGCAGCGAAAAACAACUAAACGGAGAAAAGGAGGAAAAAGGAAAACAAACGAAAGUUCAUAUAACUACUAAAUGCUACUUUUACAACAUAUACACAUACACAUAAGAUACACGCACUCAACAAACAAAAAAAAAAAAAACAAUUACCCAUAUAUACAUACAUACUUAGCUACCCUACGCGUAUAUACGUAUAUAUCUUUGGAUUAAGCUGAAAAGCAGUGAAUGAAUAUGAAUAUUAAAUGAAAAAUACAUAUUAAUUAUUAUUAAAAAAGAAAAGCAUAUACCAACAACAACAACAACUGACAGAAUUCAAUUACUUUAACAUAAAUCCGUUAGCAAAAGAAAGCGACGAAAAAACGAUUUAAUCAACUAUUUUCUUUUAUCGCUCAUUUGUGCUCAGAAGCGGAGUAAAGAAAGUGAAGCGUACGAUAUAUCGAAACUGAACAACAAGCAAAAGCAAGGCAAUGAAAACUACGUAAACAUAACGCGAAAUGCAACGCGCUCAAUAUUCACGAAGUCGUCUACUUCGUUUUACAAAACAUUGUAUUGGCGCAUAUGAAGAAGGUCAAAAAUGUUUAUGCGACACUACUAUGUCGUCCCCCAUAUACAGUCAUACAACAAUUACAUACAUAUAUUCUUCGUGUUGCACGUAAAUGAGCCACGGCGCCUUGAAUGCUGCGCAUACAUGGCAAAUUUACAAUCGGUUUGCACUUGUAAAAUUUUGAUUUUUUUUUUUAUUAGAUUUUAGUUACUUUGCCUAUAUACUACAUAUAUUAUAAACUACAUACAUAUAUUAUCUAUUAUUUGAACUAUAUAUUUGUAUGCAUGAAAUAAUGAAAUUCAUAUAGAAAAUAACAAAGCAAGUAAGCAGAAAAAGUGAAAAUUACAACAAAAAAAAACACAUCUAUUGUAUCGUUUGGGAUUAUUUUUGGUUACAACGCAAGUAAUAUUUUGAUUUGCAAGGGCUUGGGUUAAUUUAUUUUCAGCUGGCGCUUUUUAUUGUUAAUCCUACAUAUAAUAGGGCGCAACCUACUUGCUUAACAAGAGGAUUGUUGGGAGAGCACAAUGGCCAUCCAAUGAUUUCGGAAUAGUGCUCAGCGGACUUUUUAACGAAAUUUAUAUUUUUCAUUGCCUUUUAACUAUUUUGCGCGUUUUAUUGUUAUGUACAUCGAGUUGAGUGGUAUCCCUGCUCCCCUGUUGUAUUCAAAAAAUACGUUUCUGUGCAGCUAUGUAGUAUUGAAUUAAGCUACUUGACAAUUAAUUCACUUAUUUAUAUUCAUCGGCCAACAACUUCCAGAGCAAACCUUUAUUGUCUAUUUAAGCCCAAAUAAAUUCGGGAUGGUUUUUGUUUUAAGUGUUAUUAUUCACAAGUGCAUACGAUUAGAUGCUAUGACCCUUACAUAUUGCUGUUCAUGGGGGUACAGAUAUGCAAACAUACACAUAUGCAAAUUCCUAUAUGCAUACGCAUACAUACAUACAUACUAUAUACUACCUAUCUACAUAUUCUGCAACUAUGCAUAGACCCUUCAUACAGUUAAUGGUAUUUCUCUAGAAGACGUAAGCGCAUAUUUAAACUUGAAACACAUACAUACAUAUAUGUUAGUACUAAGGCAAAACAAGUUGCUGCUUAAUAUACAUACAUACAUAAGUGCGUAAGGAAAAAAAAAAUUAAAAGUAGAAAUUGAAAAAUAUUAGAUUAAAUUAAUGAACAUAAAUAUAUUUGGCAAAAACAAAAUAAAAAAUUUGGUCAGGCAAUGCGUAAAAUUAAUAAAAGAAAUUCAUACACCUGCGUCACUGCACACGCCCACACAUGCAUAUGUAUGCAGAUUUUUUUUUUUCUUCUUUUAAAUGCCUUUUUCGCUUUCAUAAAAUCUAAAAAGAAAAGAAUUUAACUGAAACACAAAAAUCCAGCUCGCUUUUUUCGUCCUACACUCUACUCAACUAAAAAAAAAAUUGUAGGCAUCUUAUAACACUGCAUAAUAAACAGUCGUUAAAAAGAAACUUACUUAAAAAUUCGCGCUGCUUAAUAUAAUUGACGAAAAAGCAAAAACGAAAUUAUAAAACUUUUGCAUAUAAUAAUCUAUUGUUGAUUAUACGAUUACUAAAAACACAUUGCUAAAAGCGUACGAGAGCAGCUUAAAGCCAGCGGUGAGGAAAUUCCUGUCUUACACUCCAACGAAGCGCGAAAACACUGAA